CUCUGAUGCUCGUUUCAGAACGCAGAUUAAACCAAUGACAGACGAAGAGAAAACCCCACUGGUUAUCCACGCGCGUUGCCCACCCCGCAUGCUUUUUCAGAAAGCCAACAUUAUCCAUCUGUCACUUACAGACGCUCAGCACACGUGAUUUGGUUGAUAUAGGUGGGCUGACUCGAGAACAAGAGGACUAUCUGAAUAGCAACUUUACUGGAUCGAGUCCAUGCGUGGAAUAUUUCAGCGCAUCGUGAAUGGUAAGAGAUCCGGAUCGUCCUCUCAGUGAAGAAUGUGAUGGUAACGGAGCAGUAUGGAGUGCUCGUGGAAGACACUACUGCUGCUCGUGUGCACAUCCUUGGGGGUGCAGUACACUGCCAUCCGCUCUCUCCAUGACUCUUUCAGUGGCCCAUGCCAAGACUCCACCCACUGCCAAGGACGACAGGGUAAAGAGCAGAGAUCGAAAUCUCUCUGCGAUGACAUCCAUGUCCCUGCUGAGACUAGCACUGCCACCGCUCGAAAGCACAUCCUUCUGUUUGCACAAACCCGUAGUGGCUCCUCCUUUACCGGACAGCUUUUCAAUCAACAUCCUGGCGUAUUUUAUGUUUUUGAGCCUCUUUAUCAUGUGAAACAGGCCUUUACCAAUUCUAGUAGCCGUCUACAAAGGGCGUUGGAUGGCAGAGCUCUUCUGGGGGCCUACCGGGACCUCCUCCUCAAUCUCUACAACUGUGACUUCAGCUUCCUGGAGAGCUACAUUCGCCCUGAACCACAGGAUCACAUGACUGGGACCUUUUUCCGUCGCAGCUCCAGCCAUGCCCUGUGCACGCCGCCUGUCUGUCAGGAGGGUGGCGAGGAGAUUCUAGCAGGGCAACCGGAUGAAUCCUGGUGCCCAAAAAAGUGCCAGGCUCUGAACCUCACUCUAGCCUCUCAGGCUUGCCAAGCACGAAGCCAUGUUGUAAUAAAAACAGUUCGUAUUCCAGAGGUAGGCGACCUACGCACGCUGUCAGAAGACCCCCGUUUAGAUUUGAGAAUCGUCCAUUUGGUGAGAGAUCCCCGAGCCAUUCUUGCAUCUCGCAUGACUGCUUUUGCUGGAAAAUUCAGAGCCUGGAAGAUCUGGAACGCCACUGGCCGCCAACCGCGGUACGUGGACCUGACGCAGAUAACAAGUACGUGCAGAGAUAUGGAGUAUUCUGUGGAGACCGGCUUGCAGAACCCCACAUGGCUGAGAGGGAGGUAUCUAUUGGUGCGUUAUGAAGACUUGGCCUUGAAUCCUGAGGAAAAGGUCAAGGAGAUAUAUCGAUUUCUAGGGAUGGACUUGCAUCACAAAGUUCUCACGUGGAUUGCUCAUAACACCAAUGGCACUGUCCCUUCUUCUUCCGAUUGGAACUAUAAGUACUCCACCUCAAGAGACUCUAAAGCCACAGCUCAGAGUUGGAGAGUACAUCUAAACUUUGACAUUGUUAAGACAGUUCAAUCUUUGUGUAACAGAACUCUUGCCCUACUAGGCUAUAAGCUUGUCCAGUCUGUAGAUGAACUGAGGAAUAUAACAAAAAGUUUAAUGGAGCCCAGGACUUAGUGAAGUUAACAUUUUUGUGAACUACUUAUUAAUUUUAAAGACACUUUUAUCCCAAAGUGACUUAUAUUGCAUUCAAUGUAUACACGGAACCAAACAGGGCUAAUUACUAUAUUUGGUUACAUAAUAUUGGGUUAAUAGCUUCAAAUUGUUGUUUGCAUACAAGCCAUGUAAAUCCAUGCAACAUUAUGGAUACUGCUUUGGGGGAAAUUUAGCUCAUGAAUAAUAAUUAGGUUUGUGAUUAUGAUGCUUUGUAACUUUCCUUAAAGGUAUAAUUUGCCCAAAAAUGAAAAUCAUUUUCUCACCCUCAUAUUUUUCCAAAUAUUUAUGACAUUCUUUAUUUUUUGGAACAUUAGAUAUAAUGUGUGUUUUUUUGUUUUUGUUUUUUUUUUUCAUGCAAAAUAAGUCUUUUUGGUUAUAACUUUUUUGGUUACCAAACAUAUCUUGUUUUGGGUAAUGCAGGUUUGAAGAAAUUUUCAUUUUUGGAUGGGCCAUCUCUUUAAGCGCCUGGUCACACGAAGUAAUUAAUAUUCAUGAGUCAGGACUUUAGAAUAGCAUGAUGCUAAAAGAGCAUCCACAUCAUUUUCAGCUUGUAAAUGUGCAUUAUUGUGACCAAAGAAUCACUACAGAGUUUCGACAAAAAAAGCACAGCAUACUUGCCAGUGACAAUGCCAAAGCUGGUCAAAUUAAGUCAAGAGCGUGUCAUCUGGAUGAGCCCAUAAAUGGCCUUAAGUAUGAAUGUUGAUCAGCGAACAUGUCCUUACAACCCUAUAAAGAGUCAAGCAGAGAUCUAAAAUGACUGAAAUACCAUUCAGCACCAUUAAAAACUCAUUUUCCAUGUAAUUUUUAAAAGCAAAGUCCCUAAUAAAAUCAAAUCGGCACAGAAGGUCAAGUUGUUCAGUUUAAAUCACUGGCAGACAGUUCAAUGUGUUUUCAUCCACCUAAAAUAAUUUUUUAGAAGCCCCAACGUCAUAAUUGAUCUCUCCCUGAUGGCAUUUGGGAAUUUGUAAGCCAGAGUCAGGGAUUAUUUCUAAGUGCAGUGUCAACAUUGGGAAAAGCACUUUGGAGCUAUGGAGCAACUUUGCAAUUUGUGGAUAACAGAUAUGAAAUUACAGUAGGCUAUACAAAUCAAAUUCCUGAUUUAAUUAAUUUGCUAUCUCCUGUUCACAGGGCCCCCCUGAGCUUAAUUGAGCAUGGCUGAAGCUCCUUCGAUCCCUUGGGUUAAUUUGUCUCUGCUAAUUAUUGUUUUAGUUCAUAUAAUGGAUUAAAUUACAUCAUAUUUUGGAAGGUGGGGCUCAAAUAAACAAAUGCAAAUUCUCCAAAAUUGUUUUGAGAAUAGAAAUGCAGAUAUUAUGGUGUGUGGGAAUAUGGAAUUGUGCCUUUAGUGUGAAAAUACUCUUGAAUUUCAUGAUGUCUUGGUAACUUUGUGUUGUUGUUCAUGCCAUACAUUAAGCAAUUCAUUAAUUCUAUGUGAAUCACCUCAUUAAUCGCUUUUACAUUUUGGACAAAUGCUGUGUAAACAACUGUUACUCAUCUCAGGUAUGAUGAUUACUGUAAAUGCAAUUCUUCGGCCACACUGCCAGUUAAUAAAUAUGCAGAGAAAAGAGAAAAUCUAUGGUGAACUAAAUUAUUCCUCAUUACUGUAGGAACCGGUGGUUCAUGAUGAUACAUAAUGUAUUAGUUUCAUUUAAUAAUUUAUUUAUUACAAAUUAUUUAUGGUAAAAAAUUAUGCAGGACAACUGUAAUGAUCGGUUUAGAAUGCUUAUUUGUCUAUGUGUGCUGUCUAUGUAAUACACAAACACAUUGACCUGCCUUUUUAUUAAUAAUUAAGAAGGAAUGGUGACAAAUAGAAAUGAAUCACAAUCAUUGGUUUUGAUGUAGUUUGCUGCUUCUGUAUGGUAUUUUCUAUUGUCUGCUUUCACAUCAAUUUUCUACUUUCUUUUAAAACUUGACAUUUGUGGUGUUAUGCUGAGGCUGGAGCAUUUGGUGAAGUGCUGAUCAUCUUUUCAACGUCAGCAGUCCAGCUUCAGCUUGGAAACCAAAAAAAGUG